AUGUCACAAGGUUUUUACUCCAUUAAUUCAACAACAAACGAGUCGGUUGAACAACGACGCAAGGAUGUUAUUGCUGUCAUUGAGAAUGGAUCAGCUCGCACUUGUCCAUUCUGUUUGAAUGAUAUUCCUAUCAGUAAAUUACUGGGUCACAAUAAGGUAUGCAUGUUCUUGUAUGAACAAGAAACAGAUUCUGGACAUGCCUGUUAUAUUAAACAUUACGAGUCCAUUAUUGAAAAAGAAUCAAAAAAGAGGAAAUUGGACUCAAUAUCUCCAGACUCUCUCCAAAAUUCUCAAUCAUCAAGUUCAUCUCAACCAUUGAAUGCAAAUAGUUCAUCAAGUACUAACGCCUCUCAAUCCAACUCUCAACCUGAGUUAAUAUUUGAAAGGGAGAAAUAUUAA